UUUGUGGACUGUCUUCUUGAGUGCUGGUAUUUCAGCCCAACUGAUUUUUUCAGGGUCUGUGAAAAUAUCCCUAUUGUUCUCUGCGGAAACAAGGUUGACGUUAAGAACAGGCAAGUGAAGGCAAAGCAGGUUACUUUCCACAGGAAGAAGAAUUUGCAGUACUAUGAGAUAUCUGCUAAGAGCAACUACAACUUCGAAAAGCCUUUUCUGUAUUUGGCCAGGAAACUUGCAGGCGAUCCUAACUUGCACUUCGUAGAAUCUCCUGCAUUGGCUCCACCUGAAGUUCAAAUUGAUUUAGCUGCACAACAACAGCAUGAAGCUGAGCUUGCUGCAGCUGCUAGUCAGCCCCUUCCUGACGAUGAUGAUGACACUUUUGAGUAGAGGACUUGUGUGUUUGUGGACUGUCUUCUUGAGUGCUGGUAUUUCAAUACUAUUGUAUGUGCUUUUGGGGGUUGUAUUGGUAUUUUUGGAUGUGAAUUCGAUGAUCUGAAUUCAAUCAUUAUGAUAUUUGGUUUACCUAAAAUUGAAAAUUACCCUUAACUAAAGAUAUUUCAUAUCA